AUGCCUCUCGUUCCCAGCUCCGCACCGCUGCCCAGCAGCAUGACCACUAUUGCUUAUUUGCGCGAGCAAGAAAUCCUCAACAUCGUUUACAUCGGUCUGCUCGUCAUUGAAGUUCUUAUGGUUUUGGGCGUCAUCACUAUGGCUCUUGUUAAGCGAGUUAAAGUCAACCACCAACUCAAAACGAUACGAUCAGCAACCACUUCGGCAAAAUACGCUCCCUACCACUUUGCGCAUGCCGACACGGAAAAGACGAUUGUGGCACUCAUGGAUCACGAAACAACCGUCAUCUUGGACUCCCCUAACAUUUUUGGCGACCGACCUAAAAGUCGAUGCCCACACUGCAAGUUCUACCCUAAGCAUGGCAAGAAUAAGGUAUGCGAAGCCUGUGAGUCCUUGAUGGGAAAAGACGAAAUCGAAGCCUUUCUCGGAGGCGUCGAACGGAACUGGUGUGUGUAUCAUCUAAAUCGACAAGGAUUUCUAUCCGGCCGCGCCGCCCUCGAGAAUGCAAUGCGUGCUCGAUUGAUUCAAGAGCAGCGAUGCAUACGCCUUUGUUGCGCCGGACCGAAGUUACCCAUCUAUGUACAUUGCGAAGACUGUCGCGAGAUGUUGCUCUGCAAAGGCGUACCCAUCGCCGUCGCCAACAGAAAGAUUUACGAGCUUCCACAUUUUGAUGCUUUUCCAGACUACGAUGACGACUCUUUCGCAGUAAGAGUUGUUAAAAGUGAGGCGAGUGUCUACGAAAAGGACUGGAACUGGGAUUGCUCGUUGGCAAAGUUUGUGCAUCCCAACCGCAAGAGAUUCGCAGGAAAUAUCAGCCCCGAGGAGAUGGUUUGA